ACUUUUAACACUUACCCUCCCCGAUCUCCCAUCGACGAAAAACAAUGGCUGGCGCGCGUGGAUGCUUUAACUGCGGUGGAUGUGCGUGUGGCGGCUGCUCCUUACCUGAUCUUAUAUACCACAAUGCGUGCGCGGUGGACGGUGCUGACGGGCUUUUUUGUUAUAUCCCUCGUGGUCAUCGUGCGCGAUCGAAUACAAACGCGAUUUUUUUGCACCCUGCGCUCCCCUCUCCUCCCCGAUCGCCCUACCCCUCAACGCCCUCAACGCAACAUCUCUCACUUUCGUGAACCCCGAUCCCGAUCCCGCGCCCGCGACGUGCAGUCGGCCACCAGGCGGCGCAGUGCCCCAAGGCCGGCACCCCUACUUGGUGAAUACAACCUGCUGAUCUUAUCUGGCUCCCCCUCCUGACGCGACACGCGAUCGGCAGCUACAACUGCGGCAUGGAAGGCCACGUCUCGCGCGACUGCUCGCAGGAGGCGAAGCCCAAGACGUGCUACAAGUGCGGCGGCGAGGG